UGUGACAUUAUAAAAUAAAAAUAUGUAUUUAUAAAUAAUUAAAUGUCAAACGUAGCUUAACUGAAAUCAGAUCAAAAAUGAUAAAUACUUCGGACAUUUGAGUAGCAAUGGCAUCAGUUCAUUUAUUUCUACCGACUCCUAGAGAGUUCUAUGCUGAACUCCAAGAACGUAAUGAUACAGCGGAAAGCUGUCGUCAUGAACGACAUUUAGCUGCUAUAGAAUCCCAACGCAUAAUUAGAGGUUUUCUUGCGAGGAAAUAUAUCAAACGGUUAUCAGAAGAAGCCACUAAAAUACAGAGUGCAUAUCGAAUGCACAAAUCGCAAAAGUUCUACAGAUUAAACCUGGGGCAAGCGCAACGUAAUAAAGAGGUUAAAUAUUACAAUGAAUCUGCUGCGAAGAUUCAGGCGCUGUGGCGUGGGCAUUACUCAAGGCGAACCAAAUUCUGUUACCGCUCAUACCGCCGUUGGCUGGCGACCGUCACCGAGCGGGGGGAGAGGAAAGCGGCUGAAGCUGCUGAAUUUGGCAUCAGAAGCCGUGCUGAUGACCUGAUGAUACUGGAAGAGGAAGCCAGGAAAUGGCUCGCCUUUGUCGUCUUCAAACUACAUCAUCUACUCAGAACACACGUAUGUGCUGGAGUCUACUCGGAUCCUGCCACAUCUGAACUUAGUGAAUUUGAGAAAUUGCUCAAAUCCAUCCAUUAUCUAGAGUAUCGCAAGAGAUUGCUACGCAAAUACGAAGAAUUUGUGAGGAAACAUCGUCCCCGAUUCUCGAACAAAAGGCUGUUUCCAAUAAUAGGGAAUGGGGAAGAUUAUUGGUAUUUGUCGCUGCCAGAAAUGUAUGAAUUGACAAGUACUGUUCCGAAACAAACGGAUACGAGGCAUAGAGAUACGCACCACGGGCCGCAGCAUAAACGACCGUUUUUGUGGAAGAAGUUUCGUCCACCGAGCCCCGACAAGGGAAGGGGUCCGUUUUCUCCGAGAUCGUCUAUCAAUUACACGCCACCUCCUCCUGCGCCGACGCCGGCCGCGGGCGGCGCCGGUGACUUCAAACAACAUCAAGAUCCGAGAUUCCAUCUGUACGUCAAACAUUAUACGCCGCAACCGGCUCUCUUAGACUACGUCGAUUUUCAUAUAAACGUUCUACUGUCUCGCAAAUGUUCCAUAGAAAACAUCGACAAGGCAGAGUAAUCAACAUUUUUUUAUGAAUUACAAUAGAAGUGGUUUGUUGAAAACACUUUAUUUUUUA